GCACCACCAUCCCGUCUGCAGAGCGCGUCUCAUCACCCACGCAGUCCCGCGAGGAGAACCCAACCAGCGGUGUGUGAACCACACAGCGGACCAAGAGGGGGAGGACGUUUUCUGUAUUCUUUGGGGUGCGUCGUUACGCAUGUUUUGAGGUUUUUGCGCCGAUUUCCGAAAUGCUGAGUCGAGGGAUAUCUGCGUCGUCGGGGUCGGGGCUGAUGGCGACCGCGGCGGGCAUCGAUCGCGGCAGGGUCGGGGAGAGGCUGCAGGCGGCGCUGGCCGGGCUGCACGAGCUGCAUAUGCUACGGGAGAAGCAGGGCGACAUGGUGACCCGGGCGCUGCGCGCGGACCAGGACGAACCCAGCAGGACCCCCGCGAUGCAGAGCAGCAACGCUGCGAGGGGGUCCAUGCUGGCCAACGAGGAGCAGCGGCUGGAGGCGACCCUGACAGCCCUCAAGCAGCAACUGUCCCGUCUGCGGCGACAGGAUGUGGGCCUGAAGUCACACCUGCAGCAGCUGGACCUGCAGAUCAGCGAAAUGAAGCUGGACGUCAACAAGGUCUCCCCAGACCAGCUGGAGAGCGACAGCCGGCCUAGCUCGGGCUUCUACGAGCUGAGCGACGGCGGCUCCUGCUCCCUCUCCAACUCCUGCACCUCCGUCUACAGCGAGUGCCUGUCCUCCUCCCAGACCAGCCUCCUGCAGGCCCCCGUGAGCCCCCCCAUGCCCCACCAGCCCGCCAACCCCCAGCCUCGGACCGCCGGCCCCCACCUGGGGAGCAGCAGGAUCCGGACCGGGACCCUGGGCCUGGAGCGGCCCCGCCCCAGACCGGUUUCCACUGGUGACCUUGACCGGCUGAUGACCGCGGGCCCCGGCUGCUACAAGUCCGUGCCCGGCAAGAAGCCCGCCCCAGCCCCGGCUCCCCGGACGUCCACCCUGGACCCCAAGUUCCAGAACAGCCUGAUGUCCCGCAACGGGACGGAGGUGUACCACUACCCCAGCCCGCUGCACGCCGUGGCCCUGCAAAGCCCCAUCUUCACCCUCGCCGGUGAACCGUGCCAAGGGCCCCCGGCCGACGCCCGUCCCGGCCCCCACGGCCCCCAGCCGGGCCAGGCCGGGCCUGAGACCACUGGGUCCCUGAGCUACAUCGACCGGCUCUUGCAGCGCAACGCCAUCAGGACUUGUGUUCAGAGCGAGGAGAAGAGGGGUGCUCCGUGGACCCGCAGCGAGCAGCGCAGAGGGCCUGUCGACCACGGUGCGGGACGUCCCGGUGUGGAGACCCAGGCGGUCCCACCCCAGCCCCUACCUACCGGGCCUCUGGACAUCCCCUCGCUAGAGGCCAAGUGGGAGAGGGAGUGCCGGCCGGAGCCGGUCACACUGCCGGCCAGCGGCCCAGAGUUGAAAUGCCAAGCCCCUUUGGAGUCCCUACAGCGGUACUCCUACCCCGCCGCCGCCAGGGACCGCGGCGCCGCCCAGGCCACCGCCGCCUCCACCAGGCCCCCAGCGGAGCACAGCACCCUGACGAGGAACCACUCAGAGAGCAGGCCCACGGACGUCAGGGAGACCAGGGCCGGCCAGAGGAAGUGCCCCGCGCCGAGGCCGGUCCUGGCCCCCAGCUCCAGCACGGAGGACCGCCUGGGCUGGGACCCUCGCCCGACGGCGCCGGCGAACGACUUUGUCCACGCCAAGUUCCUCCCCGCCGGGUCGCAGCAGGUCAAAGUGAGGCAAGCCGACCGCAAGACGAAGGCGGUGAAGCUGAGGAGGAAGAGCGGCGAGAAGCCUCGCGCGCCCAGGCCCCAGCAGGGCUACUCCUCGGGGGAGAGGGCCCGAGAGAGCCAGGGCAGCGGGUGCAGGGGAGACCCCGAGCCGAGGAGGUCGGGGAAGGGGAAGGCCGGUCCCCACCUGGGGGAGCAGCGCGGACACUCGGGCUCGGACUCCAGUCUGUGCGGCCCCGGGUUCGUGCCCUCACACCGGCUCCACCACCCCAAGCCCGUCUCCUUCCCCGCCGUCACCAAGGCCGCCAAGGGCCGCAGGCCCCAGCGGACCCCGGAGCCCGAGCCGCCCGUGGACCAGAGGAGGCGCCGGCAGGGGGCCGGCAGGGGGCCGGGGGACCUGGAGGCGUUCCGGGCCCCGUGCCCCCCCCCGAGGACCAGGGAGCCGUACGCCCACGGAGAGGCCUCCAGGCAGACGGCCCACGCCGCCUCCGCCCGGCCCCUCUCGUGCCAGUGGGCGGGGCCUCAACGCUCCUACAAGCCCGCCGUGUCCGCGUCCUGCUUCUUCGGCGCGCUCAACUCCCGGUACCCGCCGGCGCCCUACCCCGCCGCCGCGGGGGGCCGCCCCCCGGCCCGCUGCGAGUCGGAGUACUCGGCGGACUGCGCCUCGCUCUUCCACUCCACCAUCGCCGCGAGCAGCGUGGGCGACCUGAGCGACGACACCACCAACCGCUUCGGCGACGACAGCGGGUCCAGCCGGAGCUCCGCCUCCCGCUCGGACUCGGACAGCAGCCUCUCCCUGGAGGAGGACGAGGGCCCCCGGGCGCCCCGCCACCGGGACCAGGGGGGUCCCCUGGUGUGGGCCCAGGCCUCGUCCUCCAAGGGCCCCGCCGUCGCCGGGGCCACGGCGGCCCCCCAGCGACCCCUACACCCGGGAGCCCCGCCGACGUGCCGGAUCAAAGCGUCCCGCGCCUUGAAGAAGAAGAUCCGCAGGUUCCAGCCCGCCACGCUGAAGGUCAUGACCCUGGUGUAGAGGGGCGUCCCCCUCAGGCGGAGAGACAGCGGGUCUGCGGAGCGUGGGAACGGACUCUGUGUUUGGGGUGGGGUCCCCCGGGGUAGUUUGUGGCGGUCUGGUUCUGUUUUAGAGAGGAGCCGGUUCAAACGGCCUUCGUUAACCUCUCGUUGACUCAGGGCCGCUCACCAGAGGGGUCGGACUAACUCUGUAAAUACCGUUUGAAUUCGAUAGAAUUAGAGCUCUCCACUUUAUGUUUGUACAAAGUUAAAAGGAUUAUUAUCGUGAGUAUAUAAAGGAAUGUAAAAAUGUGUAGUGACAGGGUACAGGACUUUGUUUACCUGUCGUUGGUGUCAUUUGUCAGUUGCUCAGCACAAAGUGCUGAGGUCAAAUUAUAUCUAUUCGUGUACAUUGACAAAACUUCCAAACAUUUGAAACCCAUCUAUCAUUCUGUAUCGGCAGAAUUAUUGCAUAUAUUUAAAACAAUGUCUUCAUGUCAUGUUCAUUGCUACUCAUUUUAUUCUGCACAUUGGUUUUUACUAUGCAUAUCCUUCACUGUAGA